AUGGCCGACCAGAAAACCGAAAAUCAGCAAUCUCAGCAACCUUCGCCAUCUCAGAUGCUACCUUCUAUUGCAGCUCUGACGAACGGUCUGCCCAGCUCCAACCAGUACUCCCCUCCAAACCGCCAGCCAUCUCAUCUUCCCUCAAGAGACUCGGGCACUUGGCCACCGAUACAUCCUCAGAUGAAGCGUAAGUCAGCUCCCAGAAUCCUCAAUAUUAUCAUUUCCACCCACCAAGAUCACUGUUACUACGCCCGAGCUGUAGCUUUAGCUUUGACGGAUUUCCCGUGUCUGUUGAUUUGA